UAAUUUGUCACAGUCGGAACCAUCAUGCUGAGGCUCAGCUUGGCGGCUUGGCUUCUCUUUUCGCUGGCCUGGCGCACCACGCCCACCGCCUGCCGCCAGAUACGACCGCCCCAGAGCAUCCAGCAAAUGCUGGCCACCCAGUUGCAGAGCUACAUGGAUACUAGGGCGCGUCCCUGCGAGAAUUUCUACCAAUAUGCCUGUGGCAAUUGGCAGAUCCAGCAAGAGGAGCAGAACUUUCCGCGCGAAAGAGAGCGGGACAGGGACCGCGAGCGGGAGAGAUACCAGGAGCAAUUGCUGCCGACGGAUAUUUUGGAGGGGAUUGACAGCUCACUGAAUCGACGCCUGGAACUCCUGCUGCGGCGCAGCAACGGCAGCUCCAUUGAGGGAGACUCUAUGGUUCUGGAGCUGAUGCGUCUUUACUAUCGCUCCUGCAAACGGCUCAAGCCAUACAACCUGAAGAAGUAUCUGGUGCUGCUGCAGCCCUCCAACCUGACCCAUUGGCCAUCGGUGGGUCGAGGCUGGCGGCCCGAAAACUUCGACUGGAUAACGACAAUGGGAAGACUGCGGCUUCAUGGCCUGAAUGGGGCACUGCUGCGCAUGGAUGUUCUACCGCGGUGGGAUGACUCACGCUCCUACAGCCUCUACGUGAACAAACCGAGUCGCCAGGAGACACUGCCCAUGGGGGAGGGUGCCAUAAUCGAGCUUCUGCUGGACAUUGGUCAGACAAAGCGGGCUGCGAAUGCCCUAGCCCGCCUGGUGGACGACUUCGAGCACAAGUUGCACCGCCUGCAGGAUCUGGACGAUGACGAGGGACCGCGAGAAAUGCAACUGGGCUACCUGGCCACCUAUCUUCCGCAACUCCGCUGGCUGUCCUUCAUGCGACAAGUGCGCGAUGACGCCGAGUUGGAUCUGCGCUCCACGUUGAUCAUCGAGAAUAUACCCUACUUAAGGGCACUAAGCGAACUGGUUGAGGCCCAAACGCCGGACACGGUCUGCAGCUAUAUCAUGCUCAAGUGGCUCGCGUUCCUCAAAACUCAAGGCCCGGCGGAGAUCUCGCGGAGAGAGUGCGUCUCCAGCCUGCGAAGGGCUAUGCCCCUGGCAAGUAGCUGGCUAAUAAGCCAGCGUUUCUUCGAUCCGGACUCUGAGCCAGAGAUUCGCGCUUUGUUUCGUCGACUAAAGCGGCGGUUUGGCCAAACCCUGGCCGAGAACCGACUUCGACUGUCGCCUCCCCUGGUGCACAUUCUGCAGCAAAAGAUACGUGCCAUGCGCCUGCAACUGGGAUUUGUCCAAUUGGAUGAGCAGGAGAACGUCGAGCAGUAUUACGCCCACCUCGAGCUGAGUGAUCACAACUUCUAUGGGAACCAGCUGGAGUUGCUCCGCCAGCGAGUGGUGGCCAACUACGACCUGCUCUCGAUGAACUCCACAAACUUAACGAAUUCGACCAGAGGAAGCGUAAGCUACCUGGCAGAGAGCUGGGACGCCAGCAACUCAUCGCCCCUGUAUGUGAGGCCACGCAACCUGGUUCUGGUGCCACACGGACUGCUUCAGCUGCCGGUGUGGCACCGAAACAUCAGUUCACUGCAGCAGCACGCCGUGUUGGGGUUCGCCCUGGCCCACGAGAUGGCUCAUGGCUUUGACAUGUCGGGAAUCGAUUACGAUGACCUCGGCAACAUCAUGGGCCCCGUGGAGGAGAUCGGGGCGAGCAAGCAAUUCCGUCAGGGGCUCAACUGCAUGCAGCAGCAGAUGGCAACCGGCUCCAAGUGGCUCGACGAGAAACUGGCUGACUUUGCGGCCCUGCGGCUUGCCUAUGAAACAUUCUUCGGCGUGCGGGCGGAUCAGAGGGAGCCGAGGGAUCCCUUGGUACCGCAGUUUAGCCAGCGGCAGCUAUUCUUCAUUAGCUUCGCCCAGUUCUUCUGCGGACGGACGCCUGUCUCCAGUCUUCGGUCACAGUCACAGGCACAUUUGGAGCACGCCGCCGAUGAGCUACGAGUGAUGCAGACACUGGCCAACUUUGAGGAGUUCUCGAGGGAGUUUGGGUGCGAGAAGAAGGCCAAGAUGCAGGCCAGCCACCGGUGUCGACUCUGGUAAGGCUCUUAAAUCUCAACGGAUUCAAGCUUUAAGCUUAGUGACAAUUCCAGAAGAGAAGUAAAUUUCGGGAACAUUAGCUUCUGCUUUUAAGCAAUACAAAUCGACGCAUGUAUAACAUAAGAUUUCACCGAGUUUCUCAUAUUGUUAUUGAAAUUGAUCGAUCGCUUCAAUGCCAUUUUAUUAAUCUUCCUUUGUGGCCCUAUUAUACUAAUUAGAAAAUUGUACAUAGAAAGCUCAAAGGCUGUUGAAGUUAAGCCGAAAUAUAUAUGAUAUAGGGUCACAAAUUCCUGGAAACAAUUAUGAUACCUCUGCCGGACAUGAAUGUUCCUAUAA